AGCCAGGUCCUACACCAUACACUGUGACUGUGCACAGGAACAACAUGAGUCAUGACACCUCAUUUUGUUUGAUAUCUGUCAGUCUUCUUCAGUGUGAUAUUAAUAUGCGCACCAAAAAAUGUUCCGCAAUGGCAAAAUCGCAGAAGCGAUGUGAAUGAUGCUGACAUGAUGAUGAUGAUGAUGAUAAUAAAGUCCGAGUAGGCCUACCCAGAGUCUAGAGAGUAGGCUUGGCCGGCUAAAAAAAGGAAAGCAACACGCUGUCCCCUGGGCCUGUUGUUUCUGUCGACUGUGACCUACUGGCCAGCACAGCAGAUUGGAUGACGAUCACCAUGACUGAAUGGUCACUGAUCACGGUGAAAACAAUCAAUGGACGCGAGUGGAGAGGUUCCAAAACACAUGUGUCAUUAUGUACCACAUUCAGGACCUCAGGAACAAGCCCAGUCUUCUGAGUCCCAUGUCAGCCGAGAUUCUGAGUAUUGGGCAGCUGAAGCCUUGGCCACUGAUAUGGAUCAAUCGGUUUCUUACUGCCCUGAUGUCAUGAAUGAGCCAAUAGAAGAUUGGUUGCAGGAGAAUCGCCCAUCCAUCUUAUCAAGAUCUGACGGUAUUGGUUGGAUCGACGUGUUUGCACCAAGUCAGAUGACAACAGAAGAGACACCGGAUCCGGACGUGACUGCUUUGGAAGAAGCGUGGGAAAGUUAUCAGAAAUCCAGAGAACCCAUCAACCAAUUCACCAUCACUCAACUUGCAAAGACUUUUCAGGCAACAGCUGGGAAAUGGCUCUUUUAUGUUGGCACUGGGGAUAAAGUAGACUCAGUCUGGGCUAAAGUAGCCAAAGCUGUUGUGAGUGGAGACCUUUGUUACUAUGCCAAAAUUAGCCCAUUUGAUCCAUCAGGGUCUGGAUCACAUGUGUGUUGUAUGUAUAAUGACGAUUUCACCAAUGAAGACGAGGUGAUGGCCUUAGACAAAAGAAUCCGUGCCAGUGGAAUCUAUACCACUCUGCUCUACAAACCAGAUGUGUACACAUAUCUUGGUAUAUACCGGAAUAAUAAAUGGGAAGUUCGUCCAACCAUCUAUUUGAGCGUCUUUGACGUUGUCACUCGCCAGUCAAAAGUCACCUUGUAGAAGGAGUUGUCUACUGGCCAGCGUACCAUCUCUGUCCACUCACUAUUGCUGUAUUGACCAGCAGGCCAGUGAAGCUUCCAUCAAAUUGCCAGAGAGUUGGCUAGGGAUUAUACCAAAGGGGGUCUUACCCUUUUUGCAGUCAUUCUUCAUUGACACAGCAAAAGAAACUUAGUGUCAUAUUUGAAUUGUAGAACACUGAAAGGCAGUUAGUCAUCAAAUUGAAAAUAAUGCAUUGUUAAUUAAGGAAUGUUACUUUUAGUUUUUUGAAGCUUUGUCCAUGAAAUGGAGUCUGUUUACUUUUAGAUGUCCUGAUGUUUUGUGCCAUGCCCCUCUUGCUGUAGAGUAGCUUGUGUUCAUUAUUGCAACUAAUCCAUUUUUACAUUUGUCAAUUCAUUGUUAUAAACCAGGACUUGUUUAUGAGCAGAAUUUGAAAACAGAGUUAAGGUUUUUCUGUUGACCAGCUGAUUUGAUAUGCAGUUUAUAUAUGUUAUCCGGUCUUCUGUUCCUAGUCCAGAUUUGUUAACAGCUCUGCAUAUGAAUUGGCUAGGCCGUUAUGCUAUGCAGGCUGGGUAUUCCUGACACCGCAGUAAGUAAAAUUUUGUUUUGAUUUGUUAUCAAAGAUUUCAUCCUGGUGGUUCAGAAAUAAGUUGGUUGUUACAGGCAAGUUUAUCAGUUUUAGUUUUCUUAUUAUACAAAAUGUAAAAACAAGAUUCAACAAUAAACGCUUAUUUUAUAUGA